AUGUCUGCAGUUCGACCAUCGGCCUGCAUAGACCCUACUCAUCCCUCCACUUCAACGCCCUCGAGGCGCGCUCCACAUGCUCACACCCCAUCACAAACACCACGGCAGCAACCAGCAACAUCCACACGACGCGGUGUCUCCGCUCCAUCCAGGCCCAGGUGUGGCUCCUCGCCCUCCCGGCCCGGCCCUUUUGCCACCUUUGCCAUCUGCAUGAUGACGACGGGCACCAUCACGCUGCUCUCGGCCUGCAAGUACAUUCCACCGACAUCACCACCAGACGCCUCCUCCUCUGUCACCGCCGCAGACGAUAGGCUCUCGCUCAGCAGGCACCAGGUCAGGCUCGGCAUGGGCUGCCUUAUGGCCAUGGCGCACGUCUGGCCCCAGGGCAGGAGGCACCUGGCCGAGGUCCAGGCCAUUGCGAGGGAGGUGCUGGGUAUUCGGGGCGGAGGCGGUGGUGUUUCUACUGCUGCCAUCUCCACCGCUGCCGGUUCUACCAUCGCGACUCCCAGAGAAGGAGGGGCGAUCGAGGUGGAGCAGCGGCACCAGCAGCAUCAAUGCCGAGAUUCUGGCGACAUAUCCGACUUCCCAUUCGUUCCCGAUGGUGUCUUUGACGGCCUACUUGACUUGAAUGGCACCUUGCCGACUGACUGUUUCUGGUAUUCGGCCUUCUUUUCGUCCGAGAGGGGUUAGCAGGAUAGGUUGCUGU